AUGGCGGCAAAACCGGUGGAUUUUCACCAAGACAAGGCGAGAACAUACGUCUUCUUAAAACAGUUUGAAGAUGUGAAGGAGUAUCCACUGAGUGAUUCGCUGUGCCUAGUUGUGUGCAUUGUAAUCGCAUAUCUGUACUUCGUAUUGAAACUUGGUCCUCAGUUCAUGAAAGAUCGCGAGCCCUACAAAUUAAAAUACACCAUUUUGACAUACAAUGCGUUCCAAGUGAUGUUAUCUGCAUAUUUCGUGUAUCUGUCCUACGAAAUAAUGACACUAACAGGGUUUUUGCCAAAAACAUGCAGCGAUCGGGAUCUAAACGUACGAAAUAAAAUGUCUUAUUGCGUAUACGUGUACUGGUUGGGUAAGAUUACCGAACUCCUGGACACCAUAUUCUUCAUUUUGAGGAAGAAGUACAGCCAAGUGACCUUCCUUCAUGUAUACCACCAUGCCUCUGUGGUGUUCUUUACGUACCUGCUCUUCCUAUACGCCCAAGGUUCCACGGUCAAUCUCUUCAUAUUUUGCAACUCAUUUGUCCACGUCGUCAUGUAUUUAUACUAUGGACUUUCUGGCCUUGGCCCUGGAGUUGCCAAAUACCUAACGUGGAAGAAACAUAUCACUAAUUUACAAAGGGUACAGUUCGUGGUCGUGUUUAUCUACCAAUUAGUUAAUUUCUUGUAUACCACGUGCGAGCAUAGUGUCCUAGGAUUUUUGUAUUUUGAAAUCUCCCUUGUCUUAUUCUUUUAUUUGUUUACAAACUUCUACAAUUCCAGUUACGAAACGAAAGCAAAAAAAUAA